GCUACAUCUAGCUCUACCAACGAGUUGUUUCCAGAUGUUUUGUGGGAAGAUGAAGAGUUCGUGCUGUACGCGAUGUUGCAGGUGUCGUGCUCGAAGGACGAAAAGACCGCAAAAGAGUGCGCAGGCGACAUAUCUAAACGGAGAGUGAAGAGUAGGCUAGUGCGAUCAAUCUAUGCAGAGAGGGUGUCGAAGCAUCUCCUCCAGAAGAGUGUCAACAUUUUGGAGGCUCUUUUCCGCUUUGCCACAGGCCCGACCGCGAAUGUCCGUGACCCCGAGAACGGCUGGCUGUGCUGGUUUCUCCCUCUGUGGGAUAGGAAAGAAGACACCUGGCGCCCGUUGGGCGAAGGAUCAAUGCGAAUGCCUGUAGAGGUAGCAGAGCGCUUUUUUGGGAAAGACAAAGACCACUGCGCCAAUUCUGAUCUUGAGCCCGUCGAAGUCCGAGCUUGCGCUGCUCUUGGUGCACAAAUGCUUAAAGUCCCUCCUGGGUCUCAUCGCGUGUUCGGCGGCUGCGUACCACGCCAUUUGUUGACCUGCCCGAUGGUCGUUGCUGGUUUGCUUGCGGCCGUGGCCGAUCCCACAA